AUGGCAGACAAAUCCCACAUCGCAGUCCUAGACACCUCCCUCAUCGACCGCCUCCCCCUCUCCUCCAAAACCCUCUUCGAAGCCAAAGCCUCCAAAUCCCUAACCUUCGAAUCCAUCGCCAAAGAACUCGGCCGCAGCGAGGUCGCCGUCGCCGCCCUCUUCUACGGCCAAGCCCAAGCCUCCGCCUCCGACGUCGCGAAACUCUCCACCAUCCUCUCGAUCCCCGAAUCCAAGCUCGGCGAACAACUGCUCGGGUUUCCAGACCGCGGACGAGCGGGGCCGAUGCCGCCUGUCGAGCCGCUGAUCUAUCGUCUGUAUGAGAUUGUCCAGAAUUAUGGAUAUGCAUAUAAGGCGGUGCUGAAUGAGAAGUUUGGCGAUGGGAUUAUGAGCGCGAUUGCGUUUAGUACCAAGGUGGAGAAGGAGACGGAUGAGCAGGGGAAUAAUUGGGCAGUUAUUACGUUGAGGGGGAAGUGGCUUCCAUUCACCAGGUUCUAG